AUUAUAUUUAGCCUCUAUAGAAAAAUUAAAACUAUGUAAUAAGAAAUUAACAAAUACAAUUAGAUUAUUAAAACUUUUUUAGAUUUAUUGCUUCUGAUUGAGCUGACCCGGUACUCGUUUUCUUUUUUUUCCUUUGUUGAUUAUAUAUGUUUUACAUUAUACAUUUUUUUGCGUGUUUUUGAAUUGUAAUUGAGUAUUGUAUUGGAUAUUGUAUUGACAACAACAAUAAUAGUAAUAAUAAAAAAAAAAAACAAACACACAGCCAUAGACUGUAUAUAAAAUAAUUAUAUUAUAAUUAUUUUUACAGUCUAUGCACACAGCUGAUACAUGUGACUGUCGCAUGUCUAUCACGUCACCACACGCGCCACUUUGUUUUGAAAGAAAGCCGGGCAGAGGUUGAGCUAAUUCAUUUUACGCUAGUCUUUAAUCAGGACACCGAUGUCUUGUAACGUUUUCAUGAUGACAUUGCCAUAAAUUUAAACGAAAUUAUGCCGAAAGUAAAGAAGUCCAGCUCUGUUCAGACCUCCAUUAGCAGAUAUUUUGGAGGAAAAAGCAACAGCUUUCAACUUCUUGGAGGAGAUCAGAAACUUCUCUCUGUCGAAGAACUGCCGGCAAAACGAGCAAGGCUUUCUCAGCAGGAAGAACUGGACUGUGAGCCUCCAUGUUCUCAGAAAGAGCCAAAAGUCACUACCCAUAGACGUGGAGGCACCUUAUGUUCAUCCACAUUAGAAAAGCUAAAAGGCUUCACCUCUGUGGCCAAACACAGCAUCAACAAUAGUAACACCCAUGAAGACACAGAGGAAAAUACCCCUAGCAGUAACAUCAGUCAAAGGCAAGGAGGUAUGCCUCCACGUGAAGCCUCUGAUCAACUCAAGUUCACUAAAGUAUUGCAAAAACCACAGGAGUGUGAGGAUGAAGAAAGAAAAGAAGAUGCACCUGAUCAGAGAUCUUGCCUGUCUCCGUUUGCAAAGUCAGGAGGAGCAAAAGGAGAGAAGGGUGCAGAGUUGGGUUCCCGCUCAUCUUCCAGUGCCCCUUCAAAAUGCUCAAAGAGUUCUUACACUCCACUAGAGCAGCAGGUCGUCCAACUCAAACAGCAGCAUAAAGAUGCUUUGCUGGCUGUAGAGUGUGGUUACAAGUAUAGGUUUUUUGGAGACGAUGCUGAGAUUGCAGCAAAGGAGCUGAAUAUCACCUGUCACCUGGAUCAUAACUUCAUGACCUGCAGCAUCCCAACACACCGACUGUUUGUUCACGUCAGACGGCUGGUGUCUCAUGGACACAAGGUUGGAGUGGUUAAACAGACCGAGACAGCUGCGAUUAAAGCCUCAGGGGCGAAUAGAAAUGCCCUGUUUACCCGUCAGCUCAGUGCUUUGUACACAAAGUCCACUCUGGUUGGAGAAGACGUGAACCAGAUCUGCAGUCUGGAGGAUGUUGAGGAGGGGGGCCACGGGGAUAUCAUGGUAGACCCCCCUGACGGCUUUCUGCUAUGCAUCAGUGAGAACUGGGACAAGCUGAAGAAGCAGCUGACUGUGGGCUUGGUGGCGGUUCAGCCCAGCACUGGAGACGUCUUUCUGGAUUGUUUUCCUGACGGCUCGUCUCGCUCUGAACUGGAGAGCCGUAUCUUAAAGGUCAACCCUGUGGAGAUUCUGGUGCCCUCUGACCUCUCAGAAGAGACUCGGCGGCUGCUGCUCAGCGUCACUAAUGCCAGUUUCCAGGCUGACGACAGAGCGAGAGUUGAAAGGAGGGACAGCGCCCAGUUUGAGUACACCUCUGCAAUAAACACCGUCACCCAAUUCUACUGCCGACCCCAGAAGGAAGACUCGCGCUCUCUGGGGAGGGUGGCGUCCUUCGAGAGCCCGGUGAUCUGCUGUCUGGGGCCGCUCAUCCAGUACCUCCAAGAAUUCAACUUGGAAAGAGUUCUUAGAAGUGAAAGUUCAUUUCAGCGGCUGUCCUGCGAGUCAGAGGCGAUGAUCCUCAACGCUGCCACUCUCAGGAACCUGGAAAUACUAAACAAUCAGACAGACAGAGGUGUGAGGGGAAGCUUGCUCUGGGUGUUGGACCACAGCCGCACUCCUUUUGGAAAGCGACUCAUGAGAAAAUGGGUGAGCCAGCCGCUCACAGACCUCCAGCGUAUCUGUGAAAGGCAGGAUGCUGUGCAGGAAAUCAUGGAGUCAGACUCACUCGUUCUAAACUCUGUGAAAUCUUUGCUGUCACGUCUGCCUGACUUGGAAAGAGGCAUCUGCAGCAUUUACCACAAAAAGUCUUCCACUCAGGAGUUUUUCCUCAUAAGUAGCCAUCUUUCCCGCUUGGGGUUGGAACUGCAGUCUCGGGUUCCGGCCAUGCAGUCUCAAAUCCGUUCUGUGCUGCUCCGGAGUCUUUUAUUGGACACCCCAGACCUGCUGGCGCCGGCCCACGGCUUCCUUAAAGUUCUCAAUGAAAAAGCAGCAAGGUCCGGGAACAAGACGGAGCUGUUCUCAGAUCUGACGGGAUUCCCGGUGCUGCAGGAAAGAACAAAACAGAUCCAGUCUGUCCUAAGUGAGAUCCAGGAGCACCUCAAAGACAUCCGGAGGGUCCUGAAGGCCCCCGCGCUCAACUACACCGCAGUCUCCGGACAGGAGUUUCUGAUUGAAGUGAAGAACUCAUUGUCAUCCACUGUUCCAUCCGAUUGGGUCAAAAUCAGCAGCACAAAAGCGGUUGGCAGGUAUCACUCUCCACUUCUCAUAGAACGCUACAAGAAAGUGCAGCAGCUCAGAGAGCAGCUGCUGCUGGACUGCCAGAGGGAGUGGACUGAUUUUCUGGAUCAAUUUGGGGAGCAUUACCACACCAUGAAAAGGGCUAUUAGUCACCUAGCAACCAUGGACUGUCUCUUCUCAUUGGCUGAGGUCGCUCAACAAGGAGACUAUUGCAGACCGAAAGUGUGUGCGGAUCAGCGACAGAUAAUGAUCAGGGAUGGCAGGCAUCCAGCCAUAGACCUACUGAUGGGAGAGCAAAACCAGUUUGUUCCUAACCACACCGACCUGCAGGGCGAUACCAAGAGAACGAUGAUAAUCACCGGGCCUAACAUGGGGGGCAAGAGCUCCUAUAUCCGACAGGUUGCACUGAUCUGCAUCAUGGCUCAGAUAGGCUCCUACGUCCCGGCCUCUGAGGCUCGUUUGGGCUUGCUUGAUGGUAUUUACACCCGGAUGGGAGCUUCAGAUAACAUCUACAAAGGGCGCAGCACAUUCAUGGAGGAGCUCACAGAGGCUUCGGAGAUCAUUUGCCGUGCGUCGGAGCGCUCUUUGGUCAUCCUGGAUGAACUGGGACGAGGGACAAGCACUCAUGAUGGAAUCGCCAUCGCUUAUGCCACUCUUGAGUACUUCAUCAAACAUGUGAAAUCCUUCACCCUCUUUGUGACCCAUUAUCCUCCUCUGUGUGAGCUGGAGCGCACGUAUCCUGAUCAUGUGUCCAACUACCACAUGGCUUUCCUGCUCAAUGAGACGUGCAUCUCUUCUGAUACCAGCGAUAGUGACGUUCAGCCCGAGUUCAUCACUUUCCUCUACAAACUGACGGAAGGAGCUGCAGGGCAAAGCUACGGCCUGAACGUCGCCAAGCUCGCUGGCGUUCCAGAUCCCAUUCUGUGCACCGCUGCUCGCAAAGCCCAAGAACUGGAGAGCGUCGUCGAGGCCAGAAGGAGAUCUAAAAAACUACUCACUGAUAUGUGGAGCAUCACGGACAAACCAUCCCUCAUGCAAUGGCUGCAGUCAAACUCUUGACCUCACUGCAGCGGAAAUCUCAUCAUGUCUCAAAAGAAAAGGAACGCUUUCAGUGAGCGAGCGGGCUCAGAAAACAACGUUUAGAAAAGGAAUUUUGGACUGUUUUGAUAAACCUAAUUAUUUCAGGUUCUGAUGAUCAAAUGACACCGAAUCAGUGAAACGAGCUGAUUAUGUGAACCCACAAAGCUGUAGAUGAUGUUUAACAAUUAAAGAAAACUCUCCCACCUGUCA